AUUUCACAUAAGUCAAUUAAAAUUUUAUUUGGAAAUAAUUAUUGUUCACGAUUAUAAUAAUGUACGAUAAAUACUAAUUAAGGUGCUUAUUCACCUUGUCCACGAAAUCUGUACGAGGUAUGCACUCAUGAUCAAUCUUUAGAAAAAAAUUAUUUAACUUUAUGUCAGUAAGUCACCCUAUAUCAGAAGACAACAAAUCCGUUCUCUGAUGCAAUUUGAAAAGAUAUCAGUCGUUGAAAUUCGGCCUACUGAUCACAAGAUUAGUUUCUUCACUUGCUUGAAAAUUCUCAGAUCUUGGUCUCGACCUUUAGAUUACUGACGAUCAUUGGAGAUUGUUGAAGGUUACCAAGAGUGUGAGACAAAGGAGGACAGUCGUUCGUGAAUCAAAUAUGUUGACAGUUAUUGUCCAUAAAAGAUAAUGUAGAUCACCAUGAACAUGUAUUGUUCUCGUGUGCAUUAUAAAAUAAUGUAAGGUGUUACUCAUGUAAAAUCAAAACGUCCUUCAUUGUCGUUCAGUAGUUUGCAUCCUAUUUUUACAGAAUAUGAGAUAAUUCAUGGAAGUACCCUUCGACGGAAAUUUCAAUCACAUUACUACCAUCAGUAGCUGAAUAAAGGUAUGAAAUCAGGGUCAGAAUAAUUCAAGGCAAUUGACACUUAAGUACAACACGAUUGAUUAUUCAAUAAUUGCUUUAACGAUUAACAAUCUUAGUAACUCAAUUCUCAUAUUUAUUAAAAAAAAUCAUAUUUCGUUAGUGGUGCAUAUACCAGAACAAAUAACGGUAAGCGAACCCAAUGAAAAGUAUUUCGACGUAAUACGAGAAGUAUCUUACAAAUUGAUCACGUCCAGAAGUAAUAGUAUACUAACACACUAAAAACCUUUUAGUAGUUAAGUAAGCGCUUCACCAUGUCAACGUUACGCUAAUCAUGUAGAAUUCUAGGAUUGAGAAUUUAUUCCUAUUUUGUAUGUAAUUAAGAGGUCAAACUAGGAAUUGCUUUUGAAGUCCAUUGAAGAAGAGAAAUAGUAUUAGUAAAUGAAUUUAAAAAUAUGCCGUCGUAGCUGUCAGAUUUGAAAGCAGUUCAAUAGGAAUUACAGUUAUGGUUAUUCAUGUAGAUAGACAGCUAUUAUAACCUAAACUAUUGAUCAUUGUGAAAAUUGGGAUUUAAAAGUGACCAUCUCUAUGGUACAUGUAACUGUAAGAUCACUUAUUCAUUUGACUUUAAAUCAGUAUAUACGAAUGCCAGUUAUCUGUUGGCUAUUUUCUAAACUAAAUUGCUCAUUCUAGCAUGCAUUUUUAUUCUCUACGAUGUGUUAAAACCGAACUAACAAAUAUUUUAUUGUAUUCGUGAGUCGACAGAUGAAUUCACAAGUUCGACUACUUAUUUUCACCAAUUCUUCAAAGUUUUUAAAUAUGCACUGGACUGCAAUAAUCACUUAGAAUAUACUGAAUAUAAGCGAUGCAUAUUUUUAUCCAUUGGAUUAUCAUGCAUCAUAUCUUAUCGUCGUCGCCACCAUGUUAUGUGUUUUUUCUAUGUAUUUGAAUCGUGUAUCAUUAAAUACUAGUGGAUUAUUUUUGUGUAAAUGUUAUUCCAAUUAGAACUAGUGAACUAUACUGGAUCAGUAUCUACAAAAUGAUAGUGCGUUGUUAAAAAUCAAACCAAAUACCUUAUUCUAUGCAUUUUUACUAACUUGGAUGUUAUCCAAAUACCUGACUUUAGACCACAGAUUAAAGUUACAUUCAAUCCCCUUCAAAAUGUCUGACCAACUAUACAACUCUCAUCUAAUCGGUAUUUUCCAUAGUAUGAAUCACAAAACAGGAUGGUAUUUACAAUUGUUUGGCAUACGUUUAAGUUAUCGGGUUCGGUGUUGCGGGUAGGUAUUCGAUCACCACUGAAGUCGGCGAUCUUUUUGCUAAAAAGUGGGUGGUCUACAAUAAAUAAAAUGAUGCAAAACCUUCAUGAACUGAAACCCAGUAAUAAUCACCUAGAGUUACUUUCGUUCAAAACUUAAAUUUGCGCUCAACUGAGUCGAUAAAAUUCUACAUAAAGAUUAGUUCUGGUGUUUAGCCUAAAAUAUUUACUCGACUCGUUCAUUUACAAUUCGACUCGCUAACUUAAGUAUUUGGUACCUGUUUUACAUUUCGUUUCAGUUUUGAAUCAAACGAUUCGUCCAGUUCUGAUUUCAAAAUUGAACGAAAUUUAUUAAAUUCUUAUUUAAGACGACUUGGUGGUUCAAUUUUAACAAAUAGUUUAUCUUCACCCAAUACAGAAUCAAUCUUGUCAACUAAUUCUAGUUCGUUUUUAUUUGAGCAAUCGAGUUGUGGUCAUACAACGAAUUAUACUACGUGUAAUACAUUACAAACACCGGAAAAAAUGUUUUCUGAUUCUUAUCCUAUGACACCUGAGUCAAGAUUUGAUGAUCACGGAAGUGUUGAGUUUACGGACAUUACUACUACUAGUAGUAAUAAUAAUAGUAGUAGUCAUGAAUUAUUUAAUCAUGAACAACAAUUAACACUAAACAAUAAUGAUAUAUUGAAUCAUCACUGUGAUGAAGAUGAUGAUGAACAGAUUUGUUCUGACUUGCAAAAUUCACCUGUUUCUGGUCAUUUGAAAUCUUGUGCAUAUGAGUAAGUAACAAAUGAAUUAUUUCUUUUGUUGUUGUACAUGUUCCCAUAAUUUUUAUCUUUGUAAUGUUUUUUUUGACAAAUAAGUCUGUGAAACAAUACAUCCUCUGUUAAUGCUGUUUAAAAUCAACGAGUAUUUAAGCCAUUAUUUUUGUUGUCCUGUUUCUUAAAGGGGAAGUUAAGGCUUGUUCAUUUCAUAUCCUCAUGUUAAUAGUAUUACUUGCAAAUACAACUAGAACUUUCAUCAUAUCGGCAUGUGAAUUGAUGUAAUCUGUAUAAAGGAUCAUCGUGUUAAUGUGUAUCGGUGUACUUUUGGAUAUUAUGUAAUCGAUGUAAACUAUGGUUGAAAAGCAUCCAUGGUUUAUUCGAUAAACACCACUUAGACACUAAAUUUACAUUAGAAAACAAGUCAAACUACGAAUUUUAUUUCGAGAUAUGUUGAUCACCAGAACUAACACAUGAAACUAGAAACUGAAUGGAAUCGAAAGCCAACCUACCCUGAUUAAAUCGUGAGCUACAAAACUGGUUAUGUACGAAGCCUUCUCGAAUUAAUAAAGGUAAAUUACGCCUGAUCUGUGGGAGGAUUAUUGAUAUUUUUGUCUUUCAGAUUCGAGGCUGGGAUGGUAAGAAAUGGUUUAUAACUCAGGAAUAGAUUCUAAUAGUGUUGGAUUCUAUUAGCUUUGAAUAUGCGACCUUACCGGAAGUCUGACUGUAUAUACAAAUAUAUCCUAAUAUACUCUUCAAACUCAUUAUCAAUCACGAACUCAUCUGGAAGAACAAACGGAUGGAUUACAUUGUCCUACACAGAAAAUAUAUCAGAGUCUAUAAUCAGAUUAAUUGAGGUAUUUUAAAAUUGAUUUAUGUAAUAAGUCAACAUAAUCUCUAUUCUAAUAUUAUAAAAUCCGAAGAAUGAACAAUGAAGACAAAUUGUUUAUUGGAGGGAAGGGACAUUCGUCAUCAAUUCUUUUUACCAAGAAUGUAUAUUCUCGCUUAGCGUUUAGUCAGAAAUUACGAAUUACUAAAUAUCUGGACUUAAUUAUAUCUAUUUACUAUCUUUCUUCUUGUUAGUAAUCCACUGGAACAACUCCCAUCACCAAUGACUACAGAUAUACUUUUUGAAUUAUGGAAUAGUGUUGUGGAAGAUACUUCUGGGCAAUCAAUGCUAACUACUAAUACCGUCACCACUACUGGUUCUACUAAUCUUGAUUCGUCUAACGCAACUCUGUACAAUAAUAACCACCAUGAUAUAUCCAUUACAAAUCCAAAUGAUUUAUCAAAUUUUUACUCAGUUCAAAGUAUGAUUUGUUGUUCAGUGUUUGCCUAUUUAUUAUUUUUUUCGUGUGUGUAAUCUUUUCGUUUUCGAAACUACUUCAUCAUAUUAUUGAAGUUUGAAAUGCGUUAGGUCAACAAGUUGUAUAGAUUGUCAGGUCCUGAAACAUGCCGUUUUUUUACCAGUAGUUUGCCAUUUUUGUCAUGAAAAGGGAGGUAACACGCUAUAUUUAUGUAAGAACAGAAGUUGCAAUUCAAUUAAUCCAUCUGCUAAUUGGUUAGAACUAGAUAGGUGGGAAGAAGUAUGUUGAUAGAAAUCAAUCAUAGAAUGAAACAAAUUACAAUCGUUGAUAUUCAGUUAACUAUUUAAAGCAUAACUAUAUAUACUCUCAGUAGUAUCGAUCAUCAUGAAUAAUAAACUGGGAAAAUGCCCUAUUUGUCUUAUUUUUCUGAACUCUGUCUAAUCCAAAAGGAAGGGUUGGCUUGUUUGAUUAUGUUUACAACUAUGUGUUUUCACGUAAGACGAUAAAAUACGGAAUUUCAAAACAUUAGCAAACUGAAAAGAGGACGUUUUAAACAGCGUUAAAGUAAGAGCAAUAUAGUUUGACAGUGAUAUGUUAGCCAAUUUUUUCGGUUGUAAAACGGUCAUAUUUAAAAGGUCUUUUGAGGACUUAUUCAUGAUUUUCAUCUCUAAAGUUUCACCAAUUUAUUCCAUAGAUGUUCAACUGUUGUUUAUAGGAUUAAUCAUGCCCUUUGGAAUGCGAGUGUGCAUGAGCGUUUUUCGGUGUUAUGAAAGACAGUAUUUAAUUAAUAAGGCUGUCUUGAGAAACACUUUAAUAAACAACGUUUUCGUACUUUAAGUAUGGAAUAUAGUUCCCAUGACUUUUGAGAUGGUUAAGAAAAGGAGAGAUUGUUAAAUUUUUCGUGAUACUUCAUAAUAAAAAUCAACUGUGUUUAAAUAACUAUGUCGAUUGUUGAUUGUAUAAUUUGUUCUCUUAUCGUGUUACUGUUUUAUUAUAAAUAUGCCUAUAACAGGUAAUAAUAAUACAAUGAAUUUUACAGAUGCAUCAUAUCAUACAGUUAGAAAUACAACUGAUAACUAUAAAAGUAGUGGGAAUAACACUACUUCAUUGUCUUGUUCUUUUAUUUCUUCCUCUCCCGUUAUUACGUCCACGACUACUACUACUACUACCACCACUUCUACUGCUAAUACUACUCCAUCUCCUAUUCCCGCUUCUCCUCCUGCUGCCUUGAUGAGAUCAAUAGCUUGUAGUACUGUUUCUCCGACUACUACUGUUCAAUCGAAUAUCAAUUAUCCAUCAAUGGACAGAGAUCAAUUGCCCGUUCAGUUAUCGGAUAGUUUAGGAAGAAUACCUGUUAUUAACGUAAGGUGUAAUUGUUGUGUGAAUUUUAUAGUAAUGUAUUCCCUCUUUUUUGUGUAGUUUCGUUGUUGUUGAGUACAUCGUUAACUAGUUGAACGUUGUAAACAUUUGAGAUGAUAGUCUUUUUUAAACAUGCUACUAAACCGUACCUAGUAUCAUUUUAAUCAUUAUAGAUUUUGAUUAAAAUUUCCACUCUCCUUGUUUGGUUAUCAAACUUGGAAUGAUAUUUGAAGAAUAAUUGAGUUGAAAAAGCUCCUGGUAAUGAGAACAGUGUCUUUAUGUAGAGAAUAAACGUGCUUAAUUACUCGGAGUUUUAGAUAUGUAUACUUUGAUAUGCCUCUUCUCCCUCUUCCCUGAGAAUUCCAAGUUAGGAGUUGCCUUAUGAUAGAGUUUUCCACAAAAUGUAUCCUAUCCUUUUACAGUAUCUUUUUGUAAUUUUCUUCUCAACUGGUGGCUGGUGUACUCUCUACCGCAGUAGACUAUUUCUGAUGGUCUCUGGUUGAUUGAUCUCGAGUAUUGUGCUUAGAUAGCUGUUUAUAAGUAUCUGUACUUUUUCAAUGAUGUUGGUGGUAGUUUUGUGGUAUAGGUAUAAGUAAUAUGUAACACCAGUCGGAAGUGGAAUGCCUGUCAGCAGAAGAUUGAAUUGGAGAGAGCAGAAAGCGAAAUAGAGGAAUUGGAAUGACAACCGAAUUCAAAGAAUGAAGAAGUAUGUACAGGACAACUCAAGGAAGAUGUGCAAAUAGUGUAUUUAAUAUACGAUUUUCAUAUUUUACGAGAGUACUGUGUAAUUUUGCAUGUAAUAAGAAAUUGGUUUGCCCCACCUGAACUCUCGUUUACUAAAGUUCUUUAAGUUUCAAUAGAACUGUCCCAACAUUUGUGUCGAAUAUUUCGACUUUGGUGUUGGGUGAUAGUUCAUUUGGUUUGCAUAUGUUCUUUUCUUUUAAGAAUAGGGAGAGAGUAGACAGCCUUGUCUGAUACCAAAAUUCACUUGAGAUGCAUUUGUGAGCUUUCCUCCAUUAAUUGCCUUGCAAUUCAGUUUCUUGUACGAGUUCCGUAUGAUGGUGACGAUCCUCUUAGGCACUCCACAUUGUCGAGGGAGAUUCAUCACUUUUCGCUAUGCAUCCUGUCGAAUAUUUCCCAACAGUUGAGAAAGUUGAUGAAUAGAGGUGAGUUUCAUCCCAUUGAUCAACAAUGAUUUGGAUUGUUGUGAUUUGUUUGGCAAAUGAUCUAUUCAGCCAGUCGUUCCCGAAGUUUUCAUUUGGUUUAACAAAAACAUUGAUAGCUUCACGUGGCACUAACAGUGGUGCUAUACCUCUGUUGUUCUCUUACUAAGAUUUCGUGUCCUCGGUGUCUUGAUGAGGUAUCUCUGUUUCCAGUUUGUCGGUAUUUGUUCUUCCUCGUAAAUCUUUCUAAAGAGAACAUGGAACAUCUUAGCAGUUGCCUCCAUAUCUGAGUUCAGUGCCUCAAAUAGUAUGCUGUGUGGACCUGCUGCUUUAGCAUUCUUGUCUUGUUUGAUGACCUGCUGAUUUCUUCCAUCAUCAGUUUGGUAACACUUAUAGGGUGGUUUGUGUGUGCUGCUUCGAUGUUAAUUGUGUAUAGUGGAGCUGGUUUAUUCAAGAGUUCUUUAAAGUGUUCCAAUUACCUGUUCUACUACUUUUGAAUCUCAGUGAUUGGUUUCCCUUCUUUGUUUUUUUCUCGAAUCUUGUACAGACUGUCUACAGAGAUCUAUAGUUUCCGCUGGUGAUUCAUGGGUAUCAGCACCUGGCAUGUUGUAUUUAUUCCUCCAUUAUCCCCUUCUAUUUGGUCCUCAUUGUGCUCCCCUGUUCCAGUAGAUUUUGUAAGACUUGGAAAGGGUUGCUGGGGGCUACGUUCAAUUCACUGAUCUUGUUAACAGUUCGAGGGAAAGAUUUUUUUACUAACUUUUGUGAUGCUGUUUGUCUAACUGUACAACAGUUAGUUUGCUUUAGUUUUAGCUUAGUCACCACCAGCUUUAUCAACUUUUAUAUUUGUUAUUACGUCUUCCGUGGACCAUGAACCUUCUGGACGUUUUAUUAGUGCAAAUGGGGUUGACCUAUUUUUCUUUAGUGUGGUCCGGUGGAACUCUUAGCUCCGUGCAUGCGUUUGUGGGGGAAGCUGUUCCACCUAUAACCAUGUUGUUGAAAGCACAUAGAUUUAUCAUUCUCUCAUCAUUCUCGUUCCUUUUCCCUAGUUCACAUUACCCUAUGAUAUCUUCUUACCCCGAUGUUAUCCAUCACGACCUUGACGUAUAGAUUCCCCACUGGCGUGAUCAGAUCUCUUCUUGGACAUCUCUUUGCGAUGGACACCAGCCUCUCACGAACUGAUCUUCGUCUGCGCUGCCAUCAUUGGUGGCAUUCAUUGUAACUUCUCAAAUAUUUGUUUUAGAGAAUAUUUUGAUAGUCCUGGAUAUAUGAGAUUCCCAGCCCUGAGCACUUUUCGUGCUUUUUUUGGAGCGAAUCGGUACAAUCUUUUGUAUGUGUGAGGUACUUUCUUCAUAAUCAGAAUAAGACAGAGCGUCUCCCGAAUUUAUUAUUUUGUGUCCAAUGAGUUUCAUGUAUUCCAAGCAGAGCAAUAUUGUAUUUUCUCAUUUCCAUUUCUACUUCAAUGGUCUUCCUGGUCCAACACAUUUUGAGAACAUUCCAUGUAUCUCUAUUGAUUGUUGUUCUGAUUGUCAGAAUAGACAUGGUCCUCGUGAUUUUCAAAGAAUAUCAGCUUUCAUCAUAAGACGUUAUAACUCUUCCAUAUGAAGAACCUUGAACACCCAGAUCAGAGUCUAGAUGGGAUCAUUAGUUUAUUCUGGUUAGCAUAUUUUUGGUGAUCUUCUGUUUUACAAGAUGGAGUUCUUAAUGCCAUAAAGAACUUUCCUCCUUGGGGUCGGCAAUAAUUCUAAAAGUGCUCUAGGAGGAGUUUAAUUACAUUACUAGCUGAUAAUCAUCUAUUUAUAUUAUUUUUUCAUAUAUUAUCAUUUAUGCAAUUAGAUCCCUUUAUGAAUUUAAAUAAAGCCCGAACAAACAUGGAUGCAAAAUAAUAUGAAUUCAUCGAUGGUGGAGAUUUGUAGCUCAGGUGGAUGAAUUCAUUAUAUUUCGUGGUUUCUCAUCAGCUGCUUAUAACCAGAUAUAUGUUAAAAUUUUACAUUGAGCAUCGUUCAUCGCCAUCUAAUUUACAAUCUAAUAAUUUUCUACAUUAUCCAACUUUUAAUUCUCAAACAUGUAUCCCGUCAUCCAAUUCAUUAACUCCCACUACUGCUUCUACUACUAUGUUCAAUAAUCAUGGAAAUGAAAUGAAUCCUCAAUCCCAUCCGUUAUUAUGGUCUAAUUUAUCUCAUGCAGCAGAUAGAAUUUUAUCUGUCAAGAAAAGUGGUUCAUCAAAUGUGUUCAGUACUACUACUGAUCAUAUUAAUACUAAUGGUAAACGUGUCGGAUUUCUACAUUGUACUGAUAAAUCAUCAUCUCACUUAUGUUCAAUGAUAAAUUUCGGGUCGACUUCACAAAAUCAUAUACGGCAACCAACUACAGAAUUUCUAACGGAUAUUUUAUUGACAUCGUCGUCAUCAUCAUCGUCAUUCAAUAAUAAUCCCAGCUUAAGUGUUGCUGAAUUAAUGGAUACAACAACAACGACAACAACCAAUACAGAUUUUUCAUCGAUUUUAUCAUUUCCUGUUUCAUUAAAUUUAAACUGGUCAAUAGGUACUUAAUUGCACAGGUUGUAAUGAUGACAGUGAUGAGACCUAUUCUUUCUGUUAUGCUUGUUGUUGUCACCUUAUUAAUGUCCAAUCAAAUUCACAUUUAAUUGAGUUCAAACCAAUGAUGUCUUUCAAUGAGUUUAUUUACUUACAUCCAUGUGAUUCUGAUACUCUCUCUUUCUCGGUUUCUCUUUAUGUGUAUUUGUCAUUCGAGAGUACAUUCGUAAUAUGUUUUUAUUUUUAUAGUUACAUUACAAAUAACAACUCUAUAUUAUUUUGGCUUGAAUUAGUUGUUUCACGUUAUUCUUCUCUCUUCCCCUUAUCCUUCGUAAUUUUUCUUUUUAUUAUGACAGUUGAAAUAUCUUUAUUUAUCUAUAGGAAUAUAUAUCAACAUUUGAAUGUAAAUGCUACACAUUAAUUUAUCAAUGAGUCUUUUGAAUCAAUUUUAUUUAAACAUUUUGAUCUCAAUAAAUGCUGAUUGUUAUUUCUGCUUCAAUAGGUAUAUUUAUUUAUUGUACAUUUUAGUGCUUACAUCUUGUAUAAAAUCAAUAAAAUAUACCAUAUUGUUAACGAUUCCACAAACUUGUCGCUAUUAUAAUUUACACUAUUUAUCUUUUUGCUCUAAGUUUUGUACAUGUCUAUAAUGUGAAUAAUAGUUAUGAUUAGAAUUGUUAUUUUCGUGCCUUAUCGAAUUAUCAGCUUAUAUCCAUCUAUCUAUUUAAUCUCUGUGUAUAUGAAACUUUAUUGUGAAUGUUUAAGGUAUUUCUUUUUUUCCUGUUUCUACCGCCUUUACUGUUCUCAUUGUUCAAAAUUUCGAUACUUAAAGCAUCUCCGUUGGCAGUUGUUCAGAUUGGUUAUAAGAUUGAAAGGAAGAGAAAGAUAAGGGUCGGUACAAAAUUCCUUGUUCAUAUGUUAUUUUACUUGAUCUUAAUUAUAACAAUAGUGAUUUUUGUUUGUAGGAAAAAAAGAACCACUUCAGCCCCAUACUUGUUUGUAUUUAUGUAUAUUCAAUUGUUUAGUGUUAGCAUCAAUAUUAAUAGUAAUAAUAUUGUAAUUUACUUAGACUAACCAUUAUUUUCCUAAAUAUAUCUUGUUUCCCUUUAUUUUCAUUUUGUUACCUAUUCAAAAUUGUACUUUUACGACAGCUUGUUUCUGGUUGGCGCAACUAAUCAACAAGUAUAUGUUUGCGAAAAAGAACGCACACUAACGAAUUGCAUCAUACACUAUUUUCAAUUAAAAAUACACCCAACGUAUGUAAUACUUUCUUGUUAUUUUAAUAAUAUGAUACUUUAUCCUGUUUUAGUGAUUUACUGCAUCACUUCAGAAUUAUGUACAAAAUCAGUAUUUUAUAAACUGGUCCAGUAAAAUUAUUAUUUGUCAUUCCUACAACUUUUUCUCCUACGUGUAUGUAUAUAUGUGUGUUUUUCACACUAAAAGUGUAUAACGACUACCUCUUUUCACUUUUUUUGCAUCCAUUUAAAUUGUUUGCUUUCAGUGAAUGUAUGAACUGAAAACAAGCUUACAUUAAAUCACAAUAGAUGAUAGGGUCAUUCAAAGUAAUCUGAUAUUUUACUUUGAAUUGCUUUCAAGAAAAUGUUUCUUCUUUUUCAUUGUGUAAUAUGUUAGCUAUGAGUUUCAGAUAAUGUCCGUUUAAUUUGAACAAGUCCUAUUAAGUUAUUGGAGAUAAUCGACAGGAAGGUCUGAGCUUGGGUUUCAUGUUCGUUGGAAUUCAUCGUCCACAAGGCCAGCCAAACUGGUUAAAAUAUAUUCAUUCAACUGCUUGGUUAGGUCUUCAACUCUAAUUCUUACAUAGCGGAGUUUUAUAAUAAACCGAUUACAUAAUCUUAGCUUAGAAUUUGCCUUUACAUCUGUGUAGCUUCUAAGUAAUUACUACUUUAGAGGAAGCAUUGCUUAAUUGAUCAACCAACAUUAAUUUUGUAUUGAUUUGAUUAUUAACUGUAAAGCUUAUACUAUUCGUAAAGAGCCUUGAUGAGGAACUGAUUAAAAAUAUAUUUCUUUACUCAACUUCCGUUUUUAGAGGUUUAUUUAGGUGAGAAAGUAACCACCAAAGUAUUAAGUCUUCUC